AUGGGCACAGAAGCUCAUGACUCAGGGAUGAACAGGGAUCAGGACACAGAUGGGACCUCCAAAUCCGGAGUCACAGCCAACUCCCGUGUACCAGGGCCUCAGAUCCCCUCCUUCCUCCUCCUUCUUUUGCUGCUGGUGGUGCCCGAGGCUCGUGCGAGUGGCUACAAGAUAGUGUGGUUUGGGCUGUGUCCAGAAUUGGCUGUCUUGUUCUGUGUGAUCACUUCUCACCCAUGCCCUUACUAUCCAGCUGCCACGCUCAAAGCCCCCACGUGGAAGACUUCUCCGUGUGUGGUGAACAUCCUGGACUCAGUGGUGCAAGCCCUGCUUGGUGAGCCCACUCGCCGCUUCGUCUAUGUGGAGAUGGCUUUCUUCUCCCGCUGGUGGCGUCAGCAGAGAGAGACAACGCGGGAGGUUGUGAAGGAGCUGGUGAAGCAAGGGCGCCUGGAAUUUGCCAACGGCGGCUGGGUGAUGAACGACGAGGCCACCACACAUUAUGGCGCCAUUGUGGAUCAGAUGACACUCGGGCUGUGCUUUCUGGAAGACACAUUUGGCAAAGAUGGGCUCCCUCAUGUAGCCUGGCACAUUGACCCCUUUGGCCACUCACGUGAGCAGGCCUCGCUCUUUGCCCAGAUGGGCUUCGACGGCAUCUUCUUGGGGCGCAUAGACUACCAGGAUAAGUAUACGCGAGAGGUAGCACAAGAGAUGGAGCAGGUGUGGCGGGGCAGUACGAGCCUCCAACCCCCCACUGCUGACCUCUUCACCAGUGUACUCCCGAACAACUACGACCCACCAAGCGGGUUAUGCUGGGAUAUUCGGUGCCAUGACCCACCUGUGGUAGAGGAUCUUGGCAGCCCCAACUACAAUGCUGACAGUGUGGUGGCACACUUCCUGAAUGUGGCUGCUGACCAGGCUGGGCACUACCGCACCAACCACAUCAUAAUGACAAUGGGUUCGGACUUCCAUUAUGAGCAAGCCCAGAAUUGGUUCGAGAACCUUGACAAGCUCAUCCGGCUGGUCAAUGCACAGACCAAAGGGAGCCGAAUCCACGUUCUCUACUCCACCCCGGCCUGUUACCUCUGGGAGCUGAACAAGGCCAACCUCAGCUGGUCGGUGAAACAGGAUGACUUCUUCCCUUAUGCCGACCGCCCCCACAAUUUCUGGACUGGCUACUUCUCCAGCCGGCCGGCCCUCAAACGCUAUGAGCGCAUCAGCUACAACUUCCUGCAGGUGUGCAACCAGCUGGAGGCGCUGACGGGUCCAGUGGCCAAUGCGGGACCCUAUGGCUUGGGAGACAGUGCGCCCCUCAGGGAGGCGAUGGCUGUGCUCCAGCACCACGACGCCGUCAGUGGCACCUCCCGGCAGCACGUGGCUGAUGACUACGCGCGCCAGCUCGCCGCAGGCUGGGGACCUUGUGAGGUGCUCCUGCGCAACGCUCUGGCGCGGCUCAGUGGCUUCAAGAAGAACUUCAAGUUCUGCCGCGAACUCAACAUCAGCGUCUGUCGGCUCAGCCAGAGGGCGGCGCGCUUCCAAGUCAUCAUCUACAACCCACUGGCACGCCAGGUGGAUUGGAUGUUGAGGCUGCCGGUCAGCAAAGGCGAUUAUCUUGUGCUGGAUCCUAGUGGACAGACGGUGCCCAGCGAAGUUGUGGACCAUCUAGUCCUCAGCAGUAGGGAGCACCCCCCAGAGCUGCUAUUCACAGCCUCCGCACCUGCCCUGGGAUUCAGCAUCUACUCUGUGACCCAAGUCCAUAAGCAGAACCCUCAGACUGGCUCCUCCUGGUUGAACCCACAGAAGUCACAGUCUUCUGUCCUGGUCAUUGAAAAUGAGCACACCCGGGCUGUGUUCGACACCCACACGGGGCUCUUAAAGGAGCUAGAGAACCGGGACAAGAAGCUUGUAUUGCCCAUCCGCCAGGCCUUCUUCUGGUAUAAUGCCAGCAAAGGCUCAGGAGCCUACAUCUUUGCACCUGAGAAGUUGGAUGCACUGCCCGUGAGUCUCUCAUCUGAGACCCACCUGGUGAAGACGGCCUUAGUGCAGGAGGUGCACCAGAAAUUCUCAGCCUGGUGUUCCCAAGUGGUUCGUCUAUACCCAGGACAGAGGCACCUGGAACUGGAGUGGACAGUGGGGCCAAUACCUCCAGAAAUUGGCUUUGGAAAGGAAGUCAUCAGUCGCUUUGACACAACGCUGGAGACACAUGGACGUUUCUACACAGACAGCAAUGGUCGGGAGAUCUUGGAGAGAAGGCGGGAUUACAGACCCACCUGGAACCUGAACCAGACUGAGCCAGUGGCAGGAAACUACUACCCAGUCAACAGUCGCAUUUAUAUCACGGUACUCUUGAAACCCCCACCUGACCUCCACAAUGCAUCUCACCUUCCCAUUCCCCAGACUGGGGAUCCGACCCUCAUCCUGUGUACUUCAAGCCUGUAUCCAUAGGUGCACCUCCUCUGUGCCCUUCCUAUGGGCAAGAGC